UACAUGAGUCUAUACCUCCAGAUAUGCAAUUUUGUCCUAAUGUGAAUCCUCCAUGCUACAAAUCAAAAGAAGAAGAUGUUGUCAUUCAAGCUGACGAUGAAAUUAGGCUAAAAAUUGUUGGUACUAGAGUUGAUGCAACUGGGAUUUUUGCAAUUGGAACUUUGAUGGAUGAUUAUUUAGGUUUAAUGUGUAAUUGAAAUAAUUAAUGAUACAUACUUGAAACAUAGAUUAAUUAAUGUGUAAAUUUUGUUAAAAUAGUAUAUAUCGUGUAAGUUUUUUUUUGAUGAUGUGUUUUUUGACUUCAUUCAUGAAUUGAACAAUUUUUUGAUAAUAUUUUUGAAAGCAUCAAUAAAAAGGGGUUCAAAAUCAAUAGAAAUGGUUAUAAAAUAAUAAGAAUUUUAAUUUAUACUUCACUUAAUAAUGACUCUUCACUUUUGUAUAUGUACAUAUUUUUUGUAGUAGCUUGAAGAGUAUAUUUUAUAAAUAUCUUGAAAACUA